CAUCCGGGAGCCACCGCCGCCGCCGCUGCCGCCGCUACCGCCUCUAGCGCCGCUUCCACCUCUAGCGCCGCUUCCACCUCCACUCCCAGGACCCCGAGACACCCCUAGCGCGAGCGGCGGCUGCUGCUUGCUUGCUCCCCCUCUUCCCCGCCUCUCCCUUCCGUGACCUACCCACUCCUUGCAACCCUCGUCCGCCCCUUCUCCGACACCCCGGCAUCCCUGCACCACCUGCUCGGACAGCCCCGGCGGGUGCUGGGACUUGCUGCGCGCACGGAGAGGAAGGCAAGCUCCGAACCCGUGCCUGGCAGACGGACUGUCGCGGCUGCACCACCAUCAGGAGGAGGAGGAGAAGAAACUAUUUUGCCCACCGAAACCCCAUUCUGCGGGUGCUUCGCCGUUGCCGCUUCUGCUGCUGCUGAUCAGCGUCCGCGGGUUCGAACACCGCAGCGGCGAGGACCCUGGGUCCAGAGGGCUCCGCGAGGAAGACACCGGCGGAGCCCCGCACUCUGGUGCCCCGCUCACCAGCAUCUCUUUGCCCCCCUCGUUCCAUUCCGAACCCUCAACAGAAGGGACCAUGAUUUGGAAACGCAGCGCCGUUCUCCGCUUUUACAGUGUCUGCGGGCUCCUGCUACAAGCGUCUGCUUCAAAGAAUAAAGUUAAAGGCAGCCAAGGACAGUUUCCACUCACACAGAACGUAACAGUUGUUGAAGGCGGAACUGCAAUUUUGACCUGCAGGGUUGAUCAAAAUGAUAACACCUCCCUCCAGUGGUCAAAUCCAGCUCAACAGACUCUGUACUUUGAUGACAAGAAAGCUUUAAGGGACAAUAGGAUCGAGCUGGUUCGGGCUUCCUGGCAUGAACUGAGUAUCAGCGUCAGUGAUGUCUCUCUCUCUGAUGAAGGACAGUACACCUGUUCUUUAUUUACAAUGCCUGUCAAAACUUCCAAGGCCUAUCUCACUGUUCUGGGUGUUCCUGAGAAGCCUCAAAUUAGCGGAUUUUCAUCCCCAGUUAUGGAGGGAGACUUGAUGCAGCUGACUUGUAAAACAUCUGGUAGUAAACCUGCAGCUGAUAUAAGAUGGUUCAAAAAUGACAAAGAGAUUAAAGAUGUAAAAUAUUUAAAGGAAGAAGAUGCAAAUCGCAAGACUUUCACGGUCAGCAGCACACUGGACUUCCGAGUGGACCGAAGCGACGAUGGCGUGGCGGUCAUCUGCAGAGUAGACCAUGAAUCUCUCAAUGCCACCCCUCAGGUGGCCAUGCAGGUGCUAGAAAUACACUAUACACCAUCAGUUAAGAUUAUACCAUCCACUCCUUUUCCACAAGAAGGACAGCCUUUAAUUUUGACUUGUGAAUCCAAAGGAAAACCACUGCCAGAACCUGUUUUGUGGACAAAGGAUGGCGGAGAAUUACCAGAUCCUGACCGAAUGGUUGUGAGUGGUAGGGAGCUAAACAUUCUUUUCCUCAACAAAACGGAUAAUGGUACAUAUCGAUGUGAAGCCACAAAUACCAUUGGCCAAAGCAGCGCAGAGUAUGUUCUCAUUGUACAUGAUGUUCCCAACACUUUGCUUCCCACUACUAUCAUCCCCUCCCUUACCACUGCAACAGUCACAACCACUGUAGCCAUAACAGCCAGCCAAACCACAUCUGCAACAUCCAGCAACAUACGAGAUCCCAAUGCUCUGGCUGGCCAGACUGGCCCUGAUCAUGCUCUUAUAGGAGGAAUUGUGGCUGUAGUUGUAUUUGUCACUCUGUGUUCUAUAUUUUUGCUUGGACGGUAUCUGGCAAGACAUAAAGGAACAUAUUUAACAAAUGAAGCUAAAGGAGCUGAAGAUGCACCAGAUGCUGACACAGCCAUUAUCAAUGCUGAGGGCAGCCAAGUCAAUGCUGAAGAGAAAAAAGAAUACUUCAUUUAAGAUGCAGGCUGAGAUUCUGAAUUUUACUUACCGGGCUGGCUGCUGGAGAAAACUGGCUAUCAUCUUUCAGAAUUCAUUUCUAUCAUCUUCUGCUACCUUUAUUAACUUCCAUACCGUACUGCUAUCAGUAGCCAGUGUAUACCAACAAUCAGCUGUCGAAAGCAUCAUUCUUUAAUUACUGUACCAUCCAUAAUGCAGGACAUUUCUUACUGCCUAAAUUCCACACCAUUGCUCUUUUAACAUACAGUGCUUGAAUAUACAGCCUUAACAAUGUUAAUCAUCUCCUUGGAUCAUGAUAUUGAAUUGUUUUUAUACAUUGAAAAAAAUGUAUGCAGAGGUUUUUUUCCCCCUCAUUUUUUGUCCCCUUUAAAUCAAAGACCUUGUCAGUUUACCAUUGGACAGCUUUCACAAGUAACAGGAUUAGGUAAAGACCUAAUGUGCUUAAGUUCAAUCAGAUGUUAGAGGUUUACGAUGUUUUCUACAUGUCUAUAUUCAAAGACAUGUUUUGGAAGCAUAUGCCCUAAGAAACACAAACUGAAAAAAACUACUGUAGUAUAGAUUCUGGAGUGUUUGAGAUUGUACUGGUAAAGCUGUAUCAAUUCGCUAUUUAAAAAUUUAGUAUUUGAUACAGGAGCCAUGUAUGUGGAUUGCAAUCAGGACAUGCUAUCUUAUAUAAUUAUAUAGAUCUUACCAUUAGGUUAUUUUAGCUUCAUAUACCAAUAAACUGUUACAAACAUUUUACUGUUUUGGGAAUCACAAAGAUUUCAUUCAUUUCUCUAAUUUGAUUCUGUGAUUUAUUUGCUCCACAAAGACUCACCUGCCUAAACAAAAUUGAAAUAUCCAUAGGGCACAAUUUUGAGACAUUUUAGUAUCUGUAUAUAGUGCAUAUAAUAAAUCCAAUUAAACAUUAUUUGAUACAUA